UUGCUUCAUCUUCUGAGAGUUCCAGCUUUAAUUAGUCUGACUUUCUCCCUAAAGAAAAGUUGGUGCCUUUCAAGAUACUUCAGGUCAUUUCAUAUUUUAGCGCGUUGCACAACCAGACUCUCCAGUGCAGGCUGUGGUUUUUACUGGUCUUAUCAUAAGAUGGUGCAUCGAGAGGAAGCUCGAUGCCACAAAAACUGGGCUGGUGGUAAAAAAUAGUGUUUGUUUACAUGCUGCAUCUGAACUAUAAUGGCAUGCAGUACAGUAUGAGCUGUGUGUGUGUGUUUGUGUGUGUGUGUGUGUGUGUGUGUGUGUGUGUGUGUGUGUGUGUGUGUGUGUGUGUGUGUGUGUGUGUGUGUGUGUGAGGGGGAGGGCUCCUUGUGCAGCAGCUGCUCUACUUGUAGGUGAGACUCCGUUCUCAGGUGUCAGGACUGAAGUUUACUUUGAGAACUUUGGCGUCAUGGCUUUCUUCACCAACCUCUCCAUCCUGCUGGUGCUGGCUUGUAUUUCCCAUCAGCUGAUGGUGGGAAGCUGUCAGAAGAGUAGUGGACGGAGGGGGCGACGAGUGGGUGGAGGUCAACACAAGGACAGGGCGGCACCGAAGGCCGGUUCUGCUCAGCCCAUCGGAGGGAAGCUGCUCACCAAGGACCGGUCCCACUGUGUGUGGGCUGCCUCCGGGCAGGACCUCCUCACCCUCAGAGUCGCCUGCAGGAACGGGGGCGGGAGCUUCAGCUGCGACUACGUGGCCAAGCCGUCCGUCUGUCCACAGUUCGCCUCCGACAGCGACCUGUACUGGAGGCAGAUCGCGCGAGCGCUGAGGAAGCGGAGGCGCGUGUGUCGGGGCGGCGCCGAGCUGCUGCGGGCGCCGAUGUGCAGAGGAGCCGCCAGAGACGCGCACUUCAGGCUCCGGGAGGCGCCCCACGCUGCACCUCCUGCACCCGGAGCCGGAUCCUGUCAGAGCAGCAACAGGAAGCUGGCACAGGAGUUCUGCAGCGACUCCUGGUCCAGCUUCUGCACCUUCUUCUUUACGAUGGUGCAGGACUCGGACUGCUGAGAGCUUCCUAUUAAUGCGUCACUGUAGAUGCAAAAGUCAACUUAUUACCCUUUACCUUUUGUUUUUUCUACAUUCUCUCUUUUCAAACAUCAGAAUCAGAAUAAAAGCCCCAUGUUGAAAUGCAAACAGCUGGUUUCU